AUGAUCUCCAGACAGCAGUGUGUCCGAGGCGGGUCCCAGGGCUUCAGCUGUGCCUCGGCCGUCGUCGGUGGGGGCAAGAGGCCUGCAUUCAGCUCAGUCUCCAUGUCUGGGGGCGCGGGCCGCUGCUCCUCUGGGGGCUUCGGCAGCAGGAGCCUCUACGGUCUUGGGGGGAGAAAGAGCAUCGCCAUCAGUGUGGCCGGAUCCCGGCAGUGUGCUGGUUUUGGGGCUGCUGGAGGUUUUGGAGCUGGCUUUGGGGCUGCUGGAGGUUUUGGCUCUGGUAGCUUUGGUGCUGGAUUUGGGGGCUCCUUCGGUGGACGGGGUGGCCCUGGCUUCCCUGUUUGCCCUGCUGGGGGGAUUCAGGAGGUCACCAUCAACCAGAGCCUGCUGACCCCACUUCAUGUGGAGAUUGACCCCGAGAUCCAGAAGGUCCGGACUGAGGAGCGGGAGCAGAUCAAGACCCUCAACAACAAGUUCGCCUCCUUCAUCGACAAGGUGCGCUUCUUAGAACAACAGAAUAAGGUCCUGGAGACCAAGUGGAGCCUCCUCCAGCAGCAGACGACCACUACAUCCAUCAAAAACCUUGAGCCCCUCUUCGAGGCCUACAUCAGUGGCCUGAGGAAGCAGCUGGAUACCUUGGUCAAUGACAAAGGACGCCUGCAGUCUGAGCUGAAGUCCACGCAGGACAGUGUGGAGGACUUCAAGACCAAGUAUGAAGAUGAGAUCAAUAAGCGCACAGCUGCUGAGAAUGACUUUGUGGUCCUCAAGAAGGACGUGGAUGCGGCCUACAUGACCAAGGUGGAGUUGGAGGCCAAGGUGGAUGCUCUGAAUGAUGAGAUCAGCUUCUUGAGGGUCCUCUUUGCUGCGGAGCUCUCCCAGAUGCAGACGCAUGUCUCAGACACGUCCGUGGUCCUGUCCAUGGACAACAACCGGAACCUGGAUCUGGACAGCAUCAUUGCUGAGGUCCGUGCCCAGUAUGAAGAGAUCGCCCAAAAGAGCAAGGCUGAGGUCGAGGCUCUGUACCAGACCAAGGUCCAGCAGCUCCAGAUCUCAGUUGACCAACAUGGUGACAGCCUGAAGAACACCAAGAGUGAGAUCUCAGAGCUCAACAGGAUGAUCCAGAGGCUGCGGGCUGAGAUUGAGAAUGUCAAGAAGCAGUGCCAGACUCUGCAGGCAUCCGUGGCUGAUGCAGAACAGCGUGGGGAGUUGGCCCUCAAAGAUGCCUACAGCAAGCGCACAGAGCUGGAGGCCGCCCUGCAGAAGGCCAAGGAGGAGCUGGCCCGGAUGCUACGGGAGUACCAGGAGCUCAUGAGUGUAAAGCUGGCUCUGGACGUGGAGAUUGCCACCUACCGCAAGCUGCUGGAGGGCGAGGAGUGCAGAAUGUCUGGAGAAUGCCAGAGUGCCAUGAGCAUCUCUGUGGUUGGUGGUGGCACUAGUGCUGGGGCCAUCAGUGGAGGAUUAGGAAGCUGCUCUGGGUUUGGCCUGGGCAGUGGCUUUGGCUCUGGCUCUGGAAGUGGCUUUGGGUUUGGUGGUGCUGUGUGUGGCAGUUCUGGAAGCAAGAUCGUCUCUACCAGCACUGUGACCAAGAGAUCCCUCCGAUAG